GGCAGGAGAAUGGCAUCGGAACUGGCAAUGAGCAACUCCGACCUGCCCACCAGUCCCCUGGCCAUGGAAUAUGUUAAUGACUUCGAUCUGAUGAAGUUUGAAGUGAAAAAGGAGCCGGUGGAGACCGACCGCAUCAUCAGCCAGUGCGGCCGUCUCAUCGCCGGGGGCUCACUGUCCUCCACCCCCAUGAGCACGCCGUGCAGCUCGGUGCCCCCUUCGCCCAGCUUCUCGGCGCCCAGCCCGGGCUCAGGCAGCGAGCAGAAGGCGCACCUGGAAGACUACUACUGGAUGACCGGCUACCCGCAGCAGCUGAACCCCGAGGCGCUGGGCUUCAGCCCCGAGGACGCGGUCGAGGCGCUCAUCAGCAACAGCCACCAGCUCCAGGGCGGCUUCGAUGGCUACGCGCGCGGGGCGCAGCAGCUGGCCUCGGCGGCCGGGGCCGGCGCCGGUGCCUCCCUGGGCGGCAGCGGCGAGGAGAUGGGCCCCGCCGCCGCCGUGGUGUCCGCCGUGAUCGCCGCGGCCGCCGCGCAGAGCGGCGCGGCCCCGCAUUACCACCACCACCACCACCACCACCACGCCGCCGGCCACCACCACCACCCGACGGCCGGCGCACCGGGCGCCGCGGGCAGCGCGUCCGCCUCGGCCGGGGGCGCGGGCGGCUCGGGCGGCGGCUCGGGCGGCCCGGCCAGCGCCGGGGGCGGCGGCGGCGGAGGAGGAGGCGGCGGCGGGGGCGCAGCGGGGGCGGGGGGCGCCCUGCACCCUCAUCACGCCGCGGCCGGCGGCCUGCACUUCGACGACCGCUUCUCCGACGAGCAGCUGGUGACCAUGUCGGUGCGCGAGCUGAACCGGCAGCUGCGCGGGGUCAGCAAGGAGGAGGUGAUUCGGCUGAAGCAGAAAAGGCGGACCCUGAAAAACCGCGGCUAUGCCCAGUCCUGCCGCUUCAAGAGGGUGCAGCAGAGGCACGUCCUGGAGUCCGAGAAGAACCAGCUGCUGCAGCAGGUCGACCACCUCAAGCAGGAGAUCUCCAGGCUGGUGCGCGAGAGGGACGCGUACAAGGAGAAGUACGAGAAGCUAGUGAGCAGCGGCUUCCGAGAAAACGGCUCGAGCAGCGACAACCCGUCCUCUCCCGAGUUUUUCAUAACUGAGCCCACUCACAAGUCGGAGCCAUCUGUGGGACGUACCACAUUUUGGAAGCCCCAAGAUCAUGUGCUUUACCCGUGUAUUCACAAAAUGAAAUUUACAUGAGACUUCUAUUUAUUAUUAUCAUUAUUAUUAUCACUGUCUGCGGUCAUGAAAAACAGCCAACCCUUGACUUCUGUUUAAUUUCCUUUUUUAAAAAGAGAAUAAAUGAUUGUGUUAGAGACGAAAGGUAUUACAUGUAUAACCUCCAGGCUAAUUAACUGUGCCUUCUGUCUGAGGGUCUUAGGUACAGACCCACAGGAAACAUGCUGGUGCUUCUGACUUUACAAUGGCCAACCCAAAUAGACUCGCUUAUUUUCAACCUGUUAUAUUGUUGAAAAAAAAAAAAAAUCCACUGAAAUUUACAAGCUAUAUACAAUGGUAUAAAGGGAAGUGUCCCAGAAGGUAACAGCCAGCAUUUUAAAAGCCUAUGGUAGACAUGCACACUCUAAACAGUACUUUUUCACGCUUCCUUGUUUCUCUGGCAGAUAAUUUUACUAAGGAAAAAAAAAAUUUUUGAUUCCCGUCCCUAAGCAGAUGCCACGGGCAGAAGCUUUAGCAGAGCCGAGCACCCUGGUUUCCUCUCGGGCCCUGGAUAGUAUUGUAAUUAUCAGUGAUGUCAAACGUGGUCAUUCAUCAGGCAGAGCCGUAAGUGAAACUAGUUAGUUCAGUACACCCCUUCCAUGGGCUUUUCUUUCCUCCCCCUUCUCUGCUCUCAGGCAGCCACAAAAUCACUUCCCAUGUUUCCUUUUUUUCCCCAGGAUCAUGUAAUAAUUUUUUACAAUGUAUCUGACACAUUAAUAGACUGACAUCAGAGAGGCAGAGGUUCUACUUCCUGUUCUCAGUGAGGAAAUGAUGUCUAGAUAAUCAUUUAUUUGCCUUCCUGCCAUAACCACCUGGGCUUUCAACAGAGGCCGUUCCAAUGGGAAAUACCGUAUUUAUUACCGAAUGUGCAAUUCUAAGGUUCUGAUCUUUUCUUCCUUAUACCUUCACUCCAGUAGUUUUUAUUGACACCCGUCAAUUCGAGAUACUUCCGCUCUUAAAUAGGACCUCCCCUUGCCAAACCACCAGCUUUCAGGGUAAACGUUGUGGACAGGGGCAAAUGGUAACCAGCCUUGCAAACACGGGGUACAGCUGUCCCAGGAGCCGCAUUCCCUGCAUGUCCUUGUCUGAAAUGACCCAAGUGGCUUCUGACACGUUCAAAGGUUCGCAAGUCCCGAAGUUGGAAGGUUUUUUGCCGUUGUCUUUAUGUUUUGGUUUAGGUCAGCUUACUUCCGUGUUCACCCUUGACUUGAUGAAACGCACUCCACCCGCCAUUCUAGGCCAAUCAAUAUAUUUAAAAGUUUGCUUGCCACAUUUUGCCUGUUGGUAGUUAAAGACUAACCAAGAUAGGUUGGAAGACUGAGGUCCAUGAGUGACAAGCUUUAGCCGACUAAUUUCCAUGCCAGUAAAACACACAGCCAGGCUCGGAGACCUUACUUCUUAUAUAAACGUGCGAUCAGAGAAGCUAGGAAAUCUGAUUCACCCACUUUAGACUGCUCAUCUGCCAGGCUCCCCACUGAGAUUUACUUUCAUUUGAUUUGCUCUUAAAUUUUGUCCCUUUUCUUUGAAGAAAUAAAUGCCUUCGUUUUUAGGGAAGAGACAUCUCCAUGAGAGGCUACACUUUUCACCACUUCUGAUGAUUCUGCAGGAGGCUGCAUGAAUAAUUUGGAGUCGGUGCCUUCCUUGCUGUCAAUAGGAAAAUGAGACACCUAAAGUUUGUUUCUCACCACGGGCCCAUCCCAAAUUUAAAAGAUGUCCCGAGUCCAACACUAGGCAGACAGGAGCCAUCAGGGAGGUGAUCCAGCCCUUCAGACCACUGAACGCGGAUGUGCUUGUUUGUCCAUUUUUGCAUGCGUUUAAAAAACAGCUGGAGCCUUCACCCACCUUUCAAUAACACUGCUUUUCUCACUUUUGAUAUAAAUCUUCAAAAUCUAGACAUCACACAGCCCCAGAAAAGGGGAAUCCUCUCCAAGCCUGGCUCCACCCGGGGCUCGUGAACAAACCCAGCUCUGUCUGGGCAUUUUUUUGUUUUUUUUUUUGUUUGUUUUUUCUCUCCAGCGGGGGUAAGGGACAGGGUGAGAGCGUUUCAGUCUCCCAGGCUGUCUCAUGACUGUCAGGGCAUAAAGGAGUACAGUCCGGCCACAAUGUGGGAGCAUCUUUACCCUUUCAAGAGGGGCACAACAAAAAACAAAGCAAAUCAAAUUGCUCAGCACGAAGGCGUAGCAAAACCCGCAGCUCCCCACCCGUCCCCAUAGCAUCUGUGGGAGGUGAGAAAUGAGGGAAGCCAGAGAGAGCUGAGACGCAGCCUUCGAAGGCACAUUUGCACGCAGGUGCAGGCCAGGUUCCGCUGUCCAUUUCCUCCCUGUAUGUUCACAUGUGUUUCUGUUUUGAAAACAAUUUUAGAGCUCAAACCCCAAUUAAGAGCUCAGAGGAAAUUGCGAAUGUCUUAACUUUCGGCCAUUUAUGAAUAUAUCAGCCCGUGACUUUGCUGUGGGGGCAUUUGGGACCAGUCGGAUGUGCUGUGCCCAUAUUUCUAUGGUCACCACAGUAGGUCUGAUGGCAUCGUGACAGUUUCAUUGUUUAAUUUUGAAAGCCCUUUGUGUGUUUUCCCUAAGUUUGCCCAAUACAACAAGGCUAAGAUAGGAAGAACACAUCAGCGGCACACAGAAAUUGGAUCUUUCUAUGAAAGUGCAUCAGAGUUGGACAGUUUUAAGAAAUUCACAAAAUGCAUUUUCCACAGAGAGGCUCUGAUUGGAAUGCACAGUUCUCAACCCAAAUCAUAACCAUCUACCAAGCACCUCUUCCCCGUUCAACACACAGUUCCUUUUCCUUCCCUUUCUUUUUGUCAAAUAACUAUUUUUUUCCCCCUAUAAUUAGGACUUUGGAUUGCAAAAUCACAUUCCUCCCUUCUCCACAGAUUCUUGGACCUUUAGUUACGAUUAGAAAGGGGCAUUAAUUCAAGAAGGGAGGAUGAGGGAGGGGUGGUCUGUGGAGGUUUGGGAGGGGGGAGAGGAGAGGAAAUACUUCUGUGCUCACCCCCACACCCCCUUGGCCCCCACCCAGCCCAGGCCUGCCUGGGUGUGAGUUACACACAGGGGAUUUGGAUUCUGAAUCUAUUCUAAAUAUUCUGAUCACCAGCCUUGAGUGUUUCCAAGCUGAGAUUCCAAAGAAUGGUUUUUCCUUGCGGUUGGUUCUUUCGGGUAGGAAAUAGGCGAGGCCACGAAACCUUUGUAGAAGGGGGAGAGGAGGCACAACACCCACCCCUGUCCCUGUCCCAAGAGAAUGCUGAAAAAGAGGCCAUGAAGGGCGCCCUGAGCUGAAAACCCUGGCCAGCAGAGCCGCGUUCCCUUUUGCCCCCCUCAAAUUUUUCCUCGUUCUCCAUGCCUUUGUCCGCUUCCGGAAGCCUGGAGAAGUGGAUUUCUGGUCUCCUUUGGGGGAUUUUUCCAGGAAGCAAAGCGGAGCAGAGGGCAGCUAGCUGGUGUACAGGGGCUGGGCUGGGGUGGGGGGUGGUGGUGUCACUAACAGAGACCAACCUUGGCUUCUGACCCCUAAUCGCCAGGGGUCAACUCUAGGUCAUUCCCGGGGCCACUGCUUCCCACCAGACCGGAUUUAUUUGCAGGAUGACUGACAGGCUGGUGGCAGACUCUGAGUCCCCAGGAUCCCUGAAGACAACUGCCACGUCCUUAGCUCCAGGGCCUCAGCCUCUGAGCGCCUGGCCCCUGGCCCAUCCCAGGGUCCUGUCUGUAUUUCAUGCCUAGUCACCAGGGCCAUCAGAGAGACUCAGAAGUCACUGCACUGGACCGGAAAGCAGUCACCUAAGCUGGGGCUCGGGGCCCAUCAACCCGCUCCUGUGCCAGUCCCCGUGUAGACAGAGGCUGGGGUGAGGAGAAGAGCUGGGAGGUGGCUCUGGGGUGUCUAAGCAUGGCUGCAGCUUCUGGGGCCCCUUCGCUCUGGGCAGCCCUGCCCAGCCAGGAAUGCUCUCCACCCUCAGGGUCCCCUGGCCAUCGCGGCAGGUGCAGAAGGACAGGGCUCGUGGGGGUGGGGUCCGGCUGCCGCCUGAGGUCACAUGCAGUCCCUGCGUGCCCCAGGCCCCGGCGGUGCCCCAGGGCGGGAAGCGAAGGCUGAGGACUCUGCCCGCAAAGCCCCUGUGAAAUGGCCAAGCCCACACCUGCGCCUGGGGCACCACUGGCGGUCACUCCCAGUGCGGCCGGGGCCCAGCCCGCUUCUUGGACGUGUACUGGGAUUUGGUUCACGUGUUCCAGGAGGACCACCCGAGCCGCAGUGGAGGCCUUGGGGACGUGCAAACGACCUGAUCUGCUGAGCUCAGGGGUGGGUGCAUGGAGGGAGGAAGCAGGAUUCAGUCCUAAAACGCUCCUCCUUCACUAGGGACCCUCACACCACACUCCAGCCACCCCAGGAACCUUCUGGAAGUAAGAUCUUCAGGUCCAGGUCAUUUGGUUUUUACUCUCUUAAUUUUCUGGCCCAUUUUCCAGAUCUAGCUUUAUUUUAUGUUUCCCCUUCUCUGGUUACAGACAGGGUGAAGAGGCAAAAGAGAAAGGGAAGGAAAUCCAGAUAACCUGCUUUAAGUCAUUCUAGAAAUCUCCAUACUACAGUUGGGAUUUGCCUUGAUACCGUUUGAUGCUUAUUGUAGGGGAAAGCCACUCAAGCAAACUUCGUUAGGAUCUCACCCAUAGCUCCAGCUACAGGGGCUUGCUUGCAUUCCUGGGUUUAACACAGUGGCUGCUGAAUCUCAGACACUCAGGAACUGUCUGCAAAGGACAAAGUUUAAAAUCACUCAUUUCAGGAAACAGCCCUUCCAUGCGGGAUUUUUUUUUUUCCCCCUUAUAGGGACCUUCAGUUUUUUAGAUCCUUCAGUGUAACAUAAUUAAGCAUCUCUGCACCUUCUUAAAUAAACGUCCCCUUUUCCCCUUCUUCUCCUCUUAGGGAAGGAUUCAUAAAUGUGCAGAUAUAUUUGAUGAAAGGAAUGCAAGGGUCUCAGCAUCUGAGCCGCUUUUACAUUGCCACAUUCCACUAAAGUCCUUUUUGCUAGGAUGGGGGAAGCCUGCAGUAAUGAUUCUCGGAUGAAAUCGGUUAAAAGAUGAUGGUUGAGUCUGUUUUCAGGCAGUGAACCCAACAUAUUCUUUCAUCUGCCAUUUAUCUAUCUAUCUAUCUCCUUGUGAAGCUCUUUAAUACAUUGUAGAGGGGGAAGCUAUUAAAAGAUGAAUCUGCAGUUUCCACAUCAGGACAUACUAAUGAGCACACGACAGGAGUUCCUCGGUCUACUCCACAUAUUGGUAGGCGGGAGCCAAACCUGGCCUGAAUGGCCGAAGAUGAUCUUCUCAUAAAACCUUGGCCUGACUUGGCACGACUCAGGGCAGCGAGGAGGUGCGUGCUGACCACCUGUGUGUUCUCAGGGCGCCCUGUCCGAUGUACUGCUCACGAGACCUUUUCAAAUCUUCCUUGGAGUAUCACUGCACAUUCCUAUGCUAUUUAAAAAGUACCAUUUAAUUGUUAGGUAAAUAGAUCCCGCUCGUGGAGGCUCUGUGCUAGCAGAUGGCUGGCCUGGACUUCACGGCACAGUCCAGCUCGAGAGUCUCCUCUCUACUCCCAGGCGAGGUCCCCUUGCCCCCUCCAUUCUUCCCUGGUGACUAGGCUGGGUGAAGGUGAUGAGGACAGAACACGGUAUUGGCUUUUGGACCCUAUUCAUGUGUGCGAACUGACUCUCUCUCCCCUGCUUUGGAAAGUAAAUGCCUUGAUAACAGGAUGGGUUCCCCAGGUGGCCAGCGAAUAGAGGUCAUCGUGAGGAAAAUGACACCAAUGAUCUAAAAAGGACAUCUACUUUAUGAGAUUUCAGGCAAGAUGCCAAAUAUCACAUUUAAUGAGGCCCGAUUCUUUUUCUCCAAAAAUAACAGAGGCUAUCAAUGAGCUGGUCAGGAAGGCAAAGGGGCAUUUUUGCAAAGUCUCCGUUCAAUUAUUGCUUUGUAAUAUUGUUCUAAAAUUGAAGAAUGCUUCACGAGUCUAUGAUGUCAUGUAAAAUAUUCCUUGCAGAAGCUUAACAUAUGUUUGCAGUGCCCCAAAGGAAUUAAAAAUAUUCCCUCCACAAUCUCUGAAGCUUUUAUACUCUAUUCACUUGUGUUUCGAAUGGAAUCUGUUGUUCCUAAAGGUUGUUUUUUUUUUUUAAAGUAAACUUAUAUGGAAAGUUUUGUUUUGUUUUCUGUUUGUUUUUUGAGAUUAGCCACUUGAACUUGAAAUGGAGAACAAUUGAUAUCAUGGAUAACACUUCCAUGUUUUAUAACAUCAGUAUGUUUCUUGUAUCUUUUCUUUUUUUUUUUUUUUGGCAUAGAAAUAAUAUAUUUGGCAAAAGAUUAGUAUAUACUCUGACAUGAAAAAGAGUAGUUUGUGCCUUAAUGUUUAAAAAAAUCACUUCUAACAUGAAAUGUGGAUGAAAGCCCGUAAAUGUAUUUGGGACAGCUCUGACAGAUAUGAGUCCAAAUUUAUUCAUCUGUGUUUUAAUGCAUAGUCAGACUGUUUAGAUAAAGGACAUUGGAAAAAUUAGAGAGUUACACUAAAUGAAAACUUAAGUAAAAGAGUCGAUGUCAGUUACAGCAGCCGAGAUAUUUCAGCAGGUGUAUGUAUCGUGUAUUUUUUUUCACACCAAUUGUAAAGUAAUUCAAAUAAAAGUGGGGCAGAUUAAAGAAGAAUAACUGAAUCUCCACACUGGAAAAAAAAAUUAGAUCGACUUACUGGUUUAUCACAGUUAUUGUACACAGAUUUGUUGUAACCAUGUUGAAUUUUUUAAAUUAGAUUUUAAAUAUAUUUUGACAGUCUGCACUUGUAGAGUAUGGCUAACUAUACAGAGAAAUGACAGGUCUGCUUUGUUAUUAAACUGCUGUCUGGAAAAUAUUGGACUCCGUACAGUAAAUGAUAAUUAUUUUGCCACUUACAUCAGUACAGCUAAUAGCAAUAAGGGGUUUUUGAACCAUAGAAAGCUGAACUACUUUGAAUUACUGUGCUUUGUUAUUCACUGUGAAGCAAAAAAGACUUUUUUUUUUAAAAGCAACCUCAUUUUCAUAUUACCGUUCUAAGCAUUCCCUGCUACUAAUUUAAACAGAGUGGAAGUUAAUAAAUAAAAGAGUGAUCUCUAAACAGUUGUAUUUGUUAAGAGAAUGUCCACAGUUAAGGUCAGCAGUACUAGCAGAAUAGACCCUGUCUGUGGAAGAGGAGGGGGGAAGAUGGAAGAGAAUCGGUCUAGGUAACGAAGCCAGGGAGAAGUGGGCCAGUUUGGUUCCCCAAGGGACCAAGGGAUGCUCGGUCUGAACACCUGGGGGACACCCAUCAGAGACCUUUCAGUCCUCAUCCAUUGUGAACCCGGGAUCACCUGGUUCUCUGAGCUGAGGGCAGCUUCAGGGCUGAUGCCGGCUGCCAGGCCAGUGGACAUCACUGUCUCCACCUUCGCAGGCUCAGAGGCAGGGUGGAGGGGGCGCUGACGCAGCACACCAUGCCGUUCUCUUCCAUGCGAACCCUUCCUCUGGCAGGGCUGAGACCAGGCUGCCAAAGCAAGUGGACCUAAAUUCCUCUUCUUUGGCUCUCAUUCUGCCCUUCUCCUAGCUAGUUAGGUGGCCUUGAACAUGCUGUCCUUAUAAAGCCCUCUUCCUGGUUAUUAAUGACCCUUUGUUUAUUUUAAUAUAUUUACUGAAUCAGGUACCCAAGGGAAUCCUCUACAUCAGUGAUGUGAAAAAUCCUGUUGCCCGAAGUCAAAGAG